AUGAGAAGCUAAAAUUCCCAAAAUGAAGAAAGAUAAGAAGUAGAAGAGUUUGAUAGAGUGACUUUUGAAUCAAACUUAGCACAUUUAACUCCUAAUUAAUAUCUGGAAUCUAAGUUCUACAAGAAUGGAGUACAUAAAAAUAACGAAGAUCUCAAUAUUGUUAGUACCUUUCAUGAGUAAAUGAGAGCUAAUAGCAAUAGCAGCAAGGGGUAAAAGGGCAAAUUCUUGAAGAAAAUGAGCCACAGGAAGAAAGAUACGUCAUAGAGUCAAAGACCUGUGAUUUAGCCUUCUUUAGUUUAGUUGAAUGCAUCAGGCCCAAAGGAUUAUUUCAAUCGCUCAGGUCUGCUCUAUUUUUAGCCUAAAAAGCAUGGAACAAAUCUUGAAUGUUUCAAUGCAGAGGAGGCUAAUUCUUCUGAAGCCACUUUAUCUUUCAGAGGUUUCGAGUCAUAUCGCUAAAGUUAAGACAAUCGAUCACCUCCCAAAAAAAUUAUUAUUCACCAACAAACUCAUCCGAAUCAGCUUCAUCAUCUGAAAAAUCAGUCCCCAUAGAAAAUAAAAAGCUAAAUUAGAUCAUCUCAUGUCAAUGAGUCAUAACCUAACAACAAUAUAAAUAAUGUGACUAAUUUGAAUAAACUAUUCUAAGGGAGAUUUAAUUAUCGCAGACUUGUCAAAAAUAAGAGAUAUUAGCAGUCAUCAAAGUAAUAGUAAAGUACUGUUAAAGGAAUAGUUAAUCAAUCAAUGGAUAACUAUACUUUGCAAUAAUAUCUUUCACCUAUUAAAUAACACUACAGAAUUGUGUACAAGGAUGGGAGGGAACAUCAAGAACAGCAAAAGCAUCUAAGAAACAAUUUUGAUUACUAAGGGGGAUUUGACAGUAAUGAGGAAGAACAGAUUCAAAAGAAUAAAUUGCAAUUAGGAAAGAGCAAUCUAGAUGAUUGUAAGAUGUUCGUGAAAAUGUUAAAAGAAUACAGAGAUAGAAAAGUUGAAUUGUUCUCUCAUUAAAUAAAAAAUCAAUCAAGGGAUAUUGACUACAUUUUUAGGAAUAAAAAUCAUAAUGACCCAUAGACCAUCUCAAUGAGAGAAGUUGCUCAAACAAAUGAAAAAAGCAACUAAGUAUUUAACAGCAUGUUAAGUUUGUAGGCGUUGAGUAAUGAUGAUUCAGAUUCCCCUCGUAACAAGCAAUAGAGAGUAAUUUCUUAGAUAGCCUAAACUCAAGGAAUGAAUAGCAACUAACUUAAGAAUUUCUAACUCUAGAAUUAAUAAUAAAGAUAGCUCUACCAUCAGAAGGUUACUUUUAGAAUUUAAUAACCGCCUGAUAUUCAAGAGCAAAUUCUUUAAAAUCAAGCAAUUAUUAACAGAGAGAUAUAGCUAAAGGAACCAAAGCACAUCUUGAAGCUACCUAAUACUCCCACUUUAAAAAAUACUCAAAUCACCUCACAAACUCCUAAGCUCGGAACUAAAAUGAAUGACAGUCCGCUUAAUUCAAGCUUUAAUCCAAGAUAAUUUAUUAAUAAGAAUAUAGUCGUUAAAAGUCUAAAUGGCUCAUAGACUAAUAUUGAAACACCGUUUCAAGAUCAAUGUCUAAUAAAGAAGAAGAGAAGAGACAGAUUGAAUUUUGAAAGAGAAAAGGUUCUGGCGAUGGCAGUCCCAGGAUACAUAGAUUACGUUUAUGAUUUCUGA